GCAAAGUUAUUUCCACCUCUUACACGAUAAUUUGUUCCGCGUUUUCUUCACUCCCUACGUUGUCUGUUCACCCCCUUUUUUGUAAUUCACUUUGUUUGUCAUUUUGAAAAUGAGGUGCGUCAUCCGAGGGAUAAGCUACUUUUGUCUGUUCCUGGCAGUUGCCAAUACCGUGGCGUCCGGAUUCAACUUCGACAACGGGAUAACGCAAAAGAAAUAUUUGGUCCUUCCAAGUAUUCACCUUUUCCCCUCAAAUGAUCUACAUCACCAAAUGGGGUGACACGAUACCCCUCCUGAUUUGCCUAAUCCCUUUUCCUUUCUUCCUUCCAGAAUCGUAUUUCGACUGCAAAAAUUAUAAUGUUAUAAGUAAAAGGAGAUCCUCCCUCAGCGUAAACCACGGAGAACUGUACUGUGAUGAAGACCCCUUCUGCAAUUACUUCCUAUACAAUGCCACAAAGCAAGAAAUCCGACUUUGCUAUGACAAAAAAUUUGUCCUUAAAAGACCAAGACAUGACGAACUGUGGCUUACCAGCGUGAAGGAAAAAAUAUUUGAGCAAUUCUCCCCCGCACUUGUAAACGCACAAGGUAUAUGUAACCACAAGGUGGAGAAAUUUUACUUCCAAACCCUAAAUGAGGCCAUAAAAAAGGCAAAGGAAAAAAUGCAAAACUUUAUGGUACUGAAUUUUCAACCUAUUCCGAAGGAUGGUAACAAAAUGGAAAACAAAAUUGAGGGGUACUUCUGCGAAGUCAUAGAUUACUUCGUCGAUCGGGAAAGUUACGUCGUGUUCGAUUUUGCCAAAUUGGAAAAUCCUCAUCAGUCAUGUCUCAGGACGAAGAAAUGUGAAACACGCGGAUCGAUACAACCAGAUGAUAGCAAAUAUGAGGAGGGCGUCAACCCAGGAGAUGUAGUAGAAGCUCACAAAUUUUAA